CCAAAAACAUAAUUUACAAAAAUAUGUAAACACGAAAGUCCUGUGGUGUUUGAACCCCCACCUCCUCACCCCCGCUCCAGCUGAAGCACAGUGGUUCGCUCCCCCUAGCGGCAGAGCUCCGAGUCGCGGAGCGUCACAGCGCCGGUGUCCGUGCCCCCAGUCAGAGUGAAAGUUGUCUCCGCCAAGAAAAGCGGGCGGUUCAGGAGUCGUCAGUUACCGCCGCCGCCGCUGCUUCGCACGCUUUCUCCCGCAGAGAUGAGGCGGAAGGAGAAGAGGCUGCUGCAGUUCGCCGGGCUGCUCAUAGCGGCUCUUCUUUUCCUCCCAAACGUCGGGCUGUGGUCUUUGUACAGGGACCGAGUGUUCGACAACUCGCCCGACACGGUGGACGGUCCGGGCGGCGUUCCGCCGAUACAGGGGGUUAACAGGAUGGGGAAGGACGCUCAAGUGGGACGCGACGGCGUAUGGAGGAAAGACUGGCACGACUACGAGGCCAUCAGAAGAGACUCCUCUCGAUCUGGUAACGGUGAACAGGGGAAGGCCUUCCCCCUGACAGACGCUGACCGGGUCGAUCAGGCCUACAGGGAGAACGGAUUCAACAUUUACGUCAGCGACCGGAUCUCCCUCAACCGCUCCCUCCCCGACAUCCGCCAUCCAAACUGUAAACAGAAGCUGUACGCGGAGAAGCUGCCCAACACCAGCAUCAUCAUCCCGUUCCAUAACGAGGGCUGGUCGUCGCUGCUGAGGACCGUUCACAGCGUGCUCAACCGCUCUCCUCCGCAGCUCAUCGCAGAGGUCAUCCUGGUGGACGACUUCAGCGACAAAGAGCACCUGAAGGUAGCGUUAGAGGAGUACAUGGUGCGGAUGCCGAAGGUUCGCAUCCUGAGGACCAAGAAGAGGGAGGGGCUGAUCAGGACUCGUCUGCUGGGGGCCGCUGCCGCUAAAGGAGAAGUCAUCACCUUCCUGGACUCUCACUGUGAGGCCAACGUCAACUGGCUGCCCCCACUGCUGGACCGAAUCGCCCAGAACAGGAAGACCAUUGUGUGUCCAAUGAUCGACGUCAUCGACCACGACAACUUCGGCUACGAGACACAGGCGGGGGACGCCAUGCGAGGAGCGUUUGACUGGGAAAUGUACUACAAACGAAUCCCCAUCCCAGCAGAGCUGCAGAAGGACGACCCCAGUGAACCCUUUGAGUCGCCAGUGAUGGCAGGAGGACUGUUUGCUGUGGACAGGAAGUGGUUCUGGGAACUGGGAGGAUACGACACAGGUCUGGAGAUCUGGGGAGGAGAACAGUACGAGAUCUCCUUCAAGGUGUGGAUGUGCGGUGGUCGGAUGGAGGACAUCCCUUGCUCCAGGGUAGGACACAUCUACAGGAAGUACGUCCCCUACAAAGUUCCUGGUGGGGUCAGCCUGGCCAGGAACUUGAAACGCGUGGCAGAGGUGUGGAUGGACGAAUACGCCGAAUACAUCUACCAGCGUCGGCCCGAGUACCGCCACCUGUCGGCAGGAGACAUGACGGUGCAGAAGGAACUGAGGAACCGGCUCAGCUGCAAGAGCUUCAAGUGGUUUAUGAGCGAGGUGGCCUGGGACCUGCCCAAACACUACCCACCGGUGGAGCCUCCCGCGGCCGCGUGGGGAGAGAUCCGUAACGCGGGCAGCGGCAUGUGUAUGGAGAGUAAGCACUUUGUAUCAGGGAGCCCCAUCCGCCUGGAGAGCUGCGUGAAGGGACGGGGCGAGGUGAGCUGGAGCCAUGGACAGGUGUUCACAUUCGGCUGGAGAGAGGACGUCCGGGUGGGCGACCCCAUGCACACUAAAAAAGUUUGCUUUGACGCCAUCUCCCACAACAGCCCCGUCACCCUGUACGACUGUCACGGCAUGAAGGGCAACCAGCUGUGGCGCUACAGAAAGGAUAAGAGUCUGUACCACCCCAUCAGUAACAGCUGUAUCGACAGCAGCCCCAACGAGCGGCGAGUCUUCAUGAACACGUGCAACCCCUCCUCCCUCAGCCAGCAGUGGCUGUUUGAGAGAACCAACGCCACCGUGCUGGAGCACUUCAACCGGGGCACCGACUGAGGCCCUGCGGUGUCCAGGAGAAAGGACUCGUGCCGCAUGCAGACUCGGAUCUGCUGCCGCUGCUUCUGCUGCUGCUGCUGCUGUGAAAUGGGGUUUUAUGUUUACUCUGGUUCCCCGUUUACCUGGCGCGAAGGUGACAGCUGUUUCUCUUUGGGGUGCUCAGAGUGAGGCAGGAUGGGAUACCGUGGGGGGAAGUUGGUUAAACACAUCAGUUAGAGGAAGCACUCAGUUGAGCUCUGAUUGAUGGGUUUGUGUUUAAAAGUGACUGUGUGUCGCAGCGGUGCUGUGGCUGUGGGUCUGUCUACUCGCUGAUUUUGCCGUUGAUGGGUUAUCUGACAUUCCUCUUUUCUCUGUUUUCUUUGUUUUUGUUUCUUUCAGAUUUUCUCUGCCUUUAUCUGUUGCCUUUCUUUAACUCGCUGUUCCCUCGAACUGUUUCUCCCUCCGUUUCCCCUCUGUCUGUCUGCCUUUAUCCUCUGUCUCCAUCUCUUUCCCCCUCCUGUCUCUCCUGGUCUGCCUCCGCCUGCACGUCCGCCUCUAUCUGCCCGCAUGACUGCACCUUUGCCCACCUUCUCCAUUCUCCCUCUCAAAUCCCCUUAUGUCUCUCUAGCUCUGACAACAUCCCUGGGGGGGCAGGGGGGAUCAUGCUGAUCCAAAGUCAUCCUGACACCUGGGUGAAGCCAGGCAGAACCUCUCUGAAAAUCACCUGGUGAAUUGAUUCUCCUUUAUAACCCUUAUCCACCCUCUGUUCCCUCCCCCCACACUCUCUCCUCCUGUCUGUGGUCUAUGUGGGCAGAGCUGCUUUGAAUGUAGCAGGUGGAAGCUGACAAAGACAGUGGGAGGGAAACCCGUUGCGCCCCCACCUACCCACUCUCCUUUUCCUCUCAUUUCGUCACUGUAUUUAUCGAUCAGUCGUUCGCUGGUUUGUCACUGUGCCACGUUCUUUUAUUCCUCGGAGGCGAGUGCUAUCCCUCGGGUUUGUGCAAGCGAACUAUUACUGGCUAAGGGCAUGUUUGUUGUUGAGGCGGGGAUGGUUGGGGGCAGGAGCCGCUGUCACACCUCGGAGUCUCCGCCUGCUUCCUGUACGCCCUGUGCUGCUCCCCAGUCAGUUACCGGAACGACCUCGUCACAGACGGCCGAGCUCGGGGUCACGCCGCUGUGCGAAGCAGCAGGCAGGUCUACAAACCGACGCCUGCCUGGCUGCAUGACUAGCUGUGUGACUGGCAGGCCAGCUGAUUCACAGGAGGGCCACCUGAUUGGCCGGUUGCCAAGCUGGCACAUCAUUUUAGGGGACAGCGUGAGCAGGAGGAGAGACGAAAGGGGGGGGGGGGGGGGGUCUAACUGUGGAUGGGGCUCGCUGAGGUAGCUCUGGGACUGAGACAAAUGUGGGGGUUUAAAAUGCAUAAAGCACUUGUGUUAUGAUAAACUUGAAUGAAAUCUUAGUGCCUUGUUGAAAGAGGACAAGCUGUUGGUGUGUGUAUUCAUGGGAAGUAUGUGUGUGUGUGUGUGUCUGUGUCUGUGUCUGUGUGUGUCGUCCAAAAUGUCCAGAGAAGCGUCGGGAACAAUUCACUCAAUUCAGGAAGUGACUUUUCUUAAAAAGUGGAAGGUGGGUUCUCCGAAGUGUCGGUCUCAUGAGUGUCAUUUGGAAUUGAGCAUGAACUGACUGUGGUGCAGGACAUUGAAGGCACCGCUGGAUUUGUGUCUUGAAUGCUUUUCUAAAUGAACACACAUGUAGCUGCUGGCUGUGAAUAGAGCUAAAGAGACUUUUGUUUUCCACCAUAUUUUCUCCUGCCUUCAAAACGUAACUACAGCCCUGAGAAGACCUUUAUGUUUUAGUCAUGACAUGUUGCUGUUUGUGUUGUUUUUAUCCCACCUAUUCAAUCCAAAGUCUUUUAAUGGGAAAGGGAAUUGUUGUUGUUGUUGUUGUUGUUUACCACCUUUCCGAAUCACUUUAGUUUUUCUUUCUUUUUUUUAAUGAAAUGUUCUUUCUUUAGUUUUGAUCCUGUGGUUUUGUGUGCGUCAUUUUAAUCAUCAGUCCCAGGUAUUGUGCUGUUGUAGGUUUUAACAGUCAGUUGUAGACCAAAACAAGAAUUCACAUCUUCUAACAUACCUUUUUUUUUUUAGUCACAGAGUUGCAGCUAGUUUGCUCACACCAGCACAGACAGGUAGUGCUGUGUGUGCAGACUGAAACCAGAUCUGCCACAGAAACAUGUAACAUAAAGACACAGAUAUGUUGUCAUAAAAUCUGGAUUUCAGAUUUUAUCACUAAACGUCCAAACGUCCGUCGCUAUCCAAUGAUUUUGUGUCAUAAAAAUGAACUGUUCACACAGCUGCUGAUCAUUAGGAGCCUUUCUGUAGAGCACAGACCUGGUAAACAGUGGUGAUGUUUAUAUAUUUAUUGCUCUUUACCAGUGAGUAGAAGGACAUCUCUACACACUCAAUCAAUGAUUUAACCAUAAGACUCAAACAAAAAACCUGUGUAUUAAAAUCACAAAUGUAUUUCUUUGCUUAUUGACUCAAAGAAAAAAUUCUUUAGGAAAUCCUGCACCACCAACAGUAAAGAAGUGGGACAGUUGAUGUUUUAACCCUCUGGAACCAGCUGGGGCGUCCACAGUAAACACACUGAUUAGAUUAAAAGAUGACAGCAGUUGGUCCAAGUCUUUUUCAUGGACUUGGCUCAGUCACUAUUACAUUUGCUAAUUGUAAUGUCAUGAUGUCCUUUAGAUAUGUCAAUCAAGUGUCUACGUUACUUUGCCAUUAGAUUUUUCAACUGAUUCAGAAAAGACGUCAGUUCAUCAGGUUUUAAUUAAAAUCCAAAGUCACACUGUAACAAAAAGGCAAUUACCAGAAUAUGCAUAACUUUUUUUUUCUCUAUAGUCUGUGAUUUGGCCAAUAAAUGUCAGUCUCACGCCUCAUUUAUUUUGUUGCUGUGUGAAAAUGAUCAGUCACCAUUUUGUUGAGUGAGGAAAAAACUGACUUUGUGCCCCAGGUGGUUUCGUUCAGGGUUUCUCUCUGUCUUUUCCUCCCUGACCUUCAAGCUACACGCCUCGACGACUCCUACGUUGUCACAUUGUGAAGAACUGACUGGGGAUCGCUGCCUCAGAUCACUGCGGCAGCUUGGCUACUGCUGUAGUUCCCACUGCAGGACCAAACAGGACCAACGUGAACACACGUCUGACCUUUUACACCCUGAUUCCUCACAUUUACUGUCCCUGUGUUUCUCCUUUCCUUCGACACACAGUCUCUCUGUCAGUGUUUUAAUGUGAAGUCCUGUUUGGAUCUGUAGCUCAUUCCCACCUGUUCAGUUAUGUGACUUUAUUGUGAAGGACUGUUUAAUACUGACACUGUACUUGUGGACAAAGUUGUGUAGAGAGGUGGAUACACAAGGCAACAUUUUGGGCUGAAAUUAAGACACUGGAUCAAAUAUAAAGAGAGAGAAAUGUAGCUGUCAUGAAAGUUUCUCAU